AUGUCCACAACGGAUCUCGACCUAGAUCAGCUCUCGUCAAGUGAGAGGACUGCUCUCGAGACAUACACUACUGUGACUGGUCAAGAAUUAACAGAUGCUAUCCCUUUAUUGCGUCGGUCUCAAUGGAAUGUCCAGAUUGCCAUAGCAAAGUUUUUCGAUGGAGAAGCCCCGGAUCCUGUUGAAGAAGCCCGUGCGGCGCUUCCCCAAUCUCCUCCUCAAUCAAAUCGACAAACCCGAAACUUGAUGACAGAGGACUUGACUGAACAACUGUCCCUAAACCCAGUUGCGCGUGCUUCGGAUCCGGCCCCCAGAGUCACUACCCAAGCCGAAGAUCAACCUGUUUAUCGACCGCCGUUUAUCAUCGCUCUACUGUUUACACCAUUUAAUUUGGUUUACCGACUGCUGUAUAACUCUUUCCGUCUCUUCGGCACGUUGUUUCCUUUCCUACCCCGACUAUUUAAUGCCACAGCGAACCCAGCGCUCCAAGGGACAAGGCGAAAUACAACAGGUCGUCGCACACUUGGCCCUAAGGAUACCGCUGCUCGCUUCAUCCGCGAGUUUGAAGAGGAAUAUGGGUCUCACCCCAUCCCGUUCUUGGAGAACGGAUAUAAUAUGGCGUUGGAGAAGGCUCAACGUGAUUUGAAGUUUCUAUUGGUAGUCCUUUUAUCACCUGAGCAUGAUGAUACGAAUGAAUGGGUACAAGAUACUUUACUAGCACCGGAAGUGCUGGAAUAUAUCAACGACGAUCAAAAUAACCUCUUGGUCUGGGGAGGCAAUGUUCAGGAUUCCGAGGCCUACCAGGUGGCCAACUCGUUACGGGUUACCAAGUUUCCCUUUGCAGCUGUGGUCGUGCAUACCCCUAGCGUCUCAUCUACCGCCAUGUCGGUAGUGAGCCGCAUUGCAGGCUUUACACCGCCAGCCGAGUUCACGAACAAACUUCGCACCGCCAUCUCCUCAAACCAAGGACCACUGGAACGUAUUCGCUCAUCUCGCGCCGAGCAACAGGCAUCUCGAAGCCUUCGUGAACAACAAGACUCCGCCUACGAACGAUCACUAGCAAUUGAUCGAGAACGAGCGCGCCAGCGCCGAGAAGCAGAAGCCGCUCGACAGCGCGAAGAACAAGAGGCAGCCGAUCGCCAAGCUGCAGAAGAGAAGAGAGAGCGUGAUCUGGCGCAGUGGAAACAAUGGCGAGCACAAACCUUGCCUGUGGAACCGGGUACUGACGUCAAAGAUGCGGUGCGAAUUAGUGUGCGAUUACCUUCUGGCGAACGGAUUAUGCGUCGUUUUGCAGCUGAUGCAGAGAUCGAGGAACUCUAUGCUGUUGUGGAGUGUUACGAGGAAUUACAAGCGGGGCGGCUGUCGGAAGUGUCAAAGCCCGAGGAGUUCACGCAUCAGUAUGGGUUCCGACUGGUUUCACCUAUGCCUCGAGCGGUGUAUGGGGUGGAAGAUGGCGGGACGAUCCGCGAUAAGAUUGGGCGGGGAGGCAAUCUGUUGGUGGAACCGAUUGAGGCCGAUGAGGAUGAAAAUGAAGUAGAAGAGGAAGAAACUGUAACAUGA